UUUAGUCAAAAAAACGCAGCAGCAGCGUCACCGUGAACGAAAAUUCAGCAGCGCGAAGGAAAAAUAAAAUGUUAGAAUAGAAUGCAAACUUGCGGAAGAGGAAAAAGAAGAAGCGUGAGAAUUUCAACUUAUAGAAAAAAAAUCAGAGUAAUAUAAAACGAUCGAAAAUCUAAUAAUAGGAGAAAAAAAGUUGAAGAUUUCUCAAUGGUGCUGUGGGAGAUAACACUUGGAACUGCGUAUUUCUUAGGUUUGAAACGAACCUAUAAGCUUGCUCUCAAGAUUCAGCGUAAGGUUGUUAGCCCUAAGUACCCUAAGACCCGUCAAUUUCUUCAUAGACGAACCCGUGCUGUAUUUGAUGUAGCAAUCAAGGUCCAUCGGAACAUUCAAGAAAGAGACAUAGAAGUGGGUAGGAAUGUUGGAAACUUCAUUUUGCGUUGUCUAGAUCGAAUGAAGCCCUCAGCGCAAAUUCGCAAUCGUUCUAAUCUGCCCAGCAGUGGCAGUAGCUCAAAAGAGACCACGACAAAGCAUGCAACUGGCACUUCCAACCACAAGCCUCCCAGUCAUUCUGGGCUAUUCAAGAAGGACUCUGAUAGGCACUUCUUUACCUCAUCAAAGCCUUUCCCUAGCAUUUCAAGGAUGAUGAUACCACCAAAUCCUGCCGGGACUACCAUCCAUGGCAGGAACCUUAGUACCUACUCCCCUGAGACAUUUAGACAAAAUUACAGAGUGAAUUGGUCAGGGAGUGUUAUCAGGAAAGACAUCAUGCAAUGGAUGCUGUAAAACUAACUGUUCAAUGUUCAUCACUUACUGAUGGCUUCCUUUGUUUAAACAGCGUUUUAUCUCUACGAGACAAGGUAGUUGAAUAAUUUUGUGGCUGAUUUUGGAAAUUGAUGGUGAUAGAAUCUUUGCUCUUGUCUCUUUCGACACUGUAUAGCCUGUCAAGCUUCCUUUUGGAUAACGAGUGGUUAUACUAUUAUUUUUCUUCAGUUUUGGUUAAAAGAACUAGUUGUUUAGUAACCUCAUACAACAUUCAAUCUACCUGCAUGUUGAUUAACAGUAGUGAAGAUUGUGCAUUCCUGUUAUGAUUCUGUUUCAACAUUUUAUAGUUCCCACCUAUUUGUGUUUAUGCAACUUGCAGUCUAAUCUUUGCCAAAAAAAGUUCGUAUGAUUUCCGUGUUUA